AUGUUGAACAAGCUAUCUAUUUUUCAAUAUUUACUAUUGUCAAUUGUGUUUUUCACAACUAGUUACAUGUGUCUUUCAACACAUGCCAGUUCAGUUGCACCUUUCGUUGGUGUUUCCUCAUUUGCUGGCAGUUUCUCUAUUGGUGAUGGUUUACCAGCUGCUGAAACUAAAGUUGAAAAUGUUUAUGCCUUGACAAUCAAUUCCAAAACUGGUGAUCUUUACUUGACUGAUAACAAUAGAGUUCGUAAAGUUUCGUCCACUAACAAUAUCAUGUCCACAUUCGCUGGAACAAACAACCAAGUUAAUCCUGAAGAUGGUCAACCAGCUGUUAAUACACCACUUGCAGAACCAAGAGGAUUAGAAAUUAGCUCAAAUGGUGAGGUUUACAUUGCAGAUUAUUCCACAUGCAAGAUUAAAAAAGUUUCCUCUCAAGGAAUUAUGACAACCAUUGCAGGAACAGGUCCAGGACAAAACAAUGAUAGAAGAUUAGUUUCAGUUUAUACUGGAGAUGGAGCUUUUGCUAAUGAAACUCAAUUGUCAUUCCCUCAAGCAAUUGCUUUCCAUCCAAUUACUGGUGAAUUACACAUAGCCGAAACUCAAAGUUACAAAAUUAGAAAGAUUACUUUAGAGGGUAGAAUUGCAACAGUUGUUGGAAGUGGACAAAAAGGUCAAGAAUCACCAGAUGGUGUUUUGGCUGUCAAUGCAAUUAUUGGAGCUCCAGGAAAUAUCAUCUUUGAUUCGAUUGGAAAUAUGUAUCUAUCCGAUAGAUCAUUUCACAAAGUUAGAAAGGUCCUUACCAAUGGUACCAUUGUUACAAUUGCUGGAAAUGGUAUGAGUGCCUAUAAUGGUGAUGGUAUCUUGGCUGUUUCUGCUUCACUUUUCAGACCAAGUGGAUUGGCCCUUAGCUCCACAGGUGAGCUCUAUAUUGCCGAAAGUUAUGGUCAUAGAAUUCGUAAAGUCUUGACAAAUGGUACAAUUAUUACUAUUGCUGGAACUGGAGUUGCUGGUUAUGAAGGAGAUGGAGGUUUAGCUGUAAAUGCUCUCUUGGAUGCACCAGAAUCAAUCUUUUUGAGUUCUGAUAAUUAUCUCUUGAUUUCUGAUUUUGGAAAUAAGAGAAUUCGUAAAAUUUCUCUAUUGGAUGGAACUAUUUCAACUAUUGCAGGAGAUGGUUUGGGAGAUGGAAAAGCUGCCUCAGUUUAUGGUAUUUUGAGAUAUCCAAUUGAUGUUAAAAAGGGACCAAAUGGAAUUCUGAUUGCAGAUUCUGGUAAUGCGAGAGUGAGAAGUGUUUCUAAUGGUGGAAUUAUUUCAACCAUUGCAGGUUCAGGUACAAAUGGUAACCCACAACUUAGAGCCCUCAGAGAGCUUGCUACAAAGGCAAAGUUCGGUACUACUUAUGCAAUUACAACAAGAUCAGAUAAUGGUGAUGUCUAUGUGAUAGAUGAUACCAAUAACAAAAUUUUCAAAAUUUCUAACCAAGAUGGUUCAAUUACAGCAAUUAUUGGUGAUGGCAAUUAUGGAUUUACAGAGGAUGGAAGUAUUGCAGAGGGUUCAUCAGUUGGAGGUUUAAGUGGUGUUGCACUCAAUUCAUUGGGUGAGGUCAUCUUUACAGAGUCCAAUAGAAUUCGUAAAAUUUUGACAAAUGGUACACUUGUUACCAUUUCAGGAUAUGGAAAUCUUCAAGAUUCAGGUCAAGGAUUUAGUGGAGAUGGAGAUUUGGCUCAAUAUGCUUCCCUUUCUUCUCCAGGUCGUUUAUUCAUCCACUCAGAUGACAUUUACUUUGCCGAUCAAGACAAUUACAGAUUCCGUAAGAUCUUUGCUAAUGGUACAAUCACAACUAUUGCAGGAACAGGAUAUGGAGAUUAUGGAGCUGAUGAUAUUUUGGCCACAGAAACAUAUCUUGCAAGACCAACAGAUAUUGCCAUGAAUUCGAAAGGAGAAUUAAUCAUUUCUGACGCUAAAAGAAUUAGAAAAAUUGACUUGAAUGGAAUAAUUGUUACUCUGGCUGGAAGUAACGUUGCUGGUUUUUCAGGAGAUGGUGGUCCAGCUGCUGAUGCAACCUUUGGAACUUUGGGAGGAAUCUAUCUUGAUUCGAAUGAUGAUAUUUAUGUUAGUGAUCCUGAUAAUCAUAGAAUUAGAAAGAUUUCCCUCAUGUGCCCAACCGAUUAUGCAUUGAAUGGUAGUGAGUGUAUUCCAGUAUGUUUUGGAGUUGUUAGCAAUGAUCCAUCAGUUUGUUCUGGUAAGGGUUCAUGUACUCAAAACAAUACUUGUCAAUGCUCACCUUCCUAUUAUGGAGCCAAUUGUGAUUCCUUCAAUUGUUCUGGAAUUUCCUCCAAUUCAACACUUGUUUGUUCUUCCCAUGGUGUUUGCUCUUCUCCAGAUACUUGCAAUUGUGAAAAUGGAUAUUAUGGAAAGAAUUGUGAAUCAUUUAAUUGUUUUGGUGUCAAUUCUCAAAAUUCCACUAACGUUUGCUCAGCACAAGGAAAUUGCACAUCUCCAGAUAAGUGUAAUUGUAAGACUGGAUAUUUGGGAAGUAAUUGUGAAAUGUUCAAUUGUUUUGGUGUCAAUUCUCAAAAUUCCUCCAAUGUUUGUUCAUCACAAGGAAAUUGCACAUCUCCAGAUAAGUGUAAUUGUAAGACUGGAUAUUUUGGAAGUAAUUGCGAAUCAUUUAAUUGUAAGGGUAUUAAGAAUAGUGAUUCGAGUGUUUGUUCAUCUAGAGGUCAAUGUAUUUCACCAGAUAAUUGUAAAUGUACUACAGUUAAUAGUUAUGGAGUGAAUUGUGAAUUCAUUGUCGAAGGAAAGAUUUCAAAUAUCACAGCUACAAAAUCCAAUGCUAGAUUGAAUGAUGGUUCUUCAAUUAAGACUCCUUAUAUGUUGUUGGUUACAACUUUGUCAAUUAUCAUCAUGUCAAUUUUCUUGAUUCUUUAA